AUGGCACAUGCACCGCGUAAUAGAUUUCUUGUGCCUGGAAUUCCACGCUAUUCUCGGUGCGCCGUUUAUGCUAAGAAAGCUUUGCACAAAAAAAAAAGAAAGGGAACUUUUAAAAAAGCUGAGGUCAAUAAUCCAACCACUAAAAAGGUUCCAUACAAGGAUGGGCAUCGAAUUGUCCCAAUAGAAAAAGCACCACGUUUUUAUCCCGCGGAGGAUAUUCCACGUCCAAAGAAAUCUCGCAAAGUUAACAAACCUACUAAACUUCGUGCCUCCAUUACUCCUGGCACUAUUCUUAUCUUGUUAGCCGGUCGUUUUCGUGGAAAGCGUGUUGUCUUUUUAAAACAAUUACCGAGUGGAUUGUUAUUAGUAACCGGACCAUUUAAAAUCAACGGUGUUCCGUUAAGGCGUGUUAAUCAAGCCUUUGUUAUUUCUACUUCCGCAAAAAUUGAUCUUUCUGCUUGUUCGCUUGAUAAAUUUGAUGACGGUUAUUUUAAAAGAGAGAAAAGUUCUAGUAAGAAAGUUACUGAGGAGGAAUUAUUUGUCGAGAAGCAGAAGCAAAAAACAAUUUCUGAAUCAAGGGUUGCUGAUCAAAAAGAAAUUGAUAGCAAAAUCAUCGCUGGAUUGAAAGCUCCGCACCUCAAAGAUUAUUUGCAUUCCAGAUUUUCUCUCUCAAAAGGCCAAUUCCCUCAUGAAUUA